AAACUUUAUCAACAUCUAUGAACAUCUAAUGACAUCAACUCAAUCUGUAUAAAUAUCCCAAACAUAGGAUACAAUGUCUAAUAAAAUCUUAUUGAUAUCAAUUAUAAGUGAAUCAAGUCAUGUUUCAUAAUAACAUAAGAGAAGUCAUAUCUAAGUUUGUAACAAUUCAUGCACCUAAUCAAGUUUAUUUCAAUCUCAAUAUUACCUCUAUAUUUAUGGUUUCAUAAUAUUUUUAAUUUUAUAUCUAACUAUAUUUAACGCGCCUUCAUGCGUACGCACGGGUUUGUACCUAGUUUACAACAAAAAAAAAACAAAGGAUUAGAGUUGGUUAACUGUUAUAGCAGAGUUUCAUAAAACAACACUACCACUCAAAUCAAAUCCACCUAUCCAAUUCCAUCCCGCUUCAUCUUCCCACUCUCUCUCUCAAAAUUACCAAAACACCCUCCUCCACCACCACCACCACCGUCACCAUAUGCAUAAUCAACACACAUUCAUGCGUUUGCGCACACUUCCCUCUCCAUUUCUCAUCAACCAUCACCUCACUAAGCCAAAUCUCUUCGGAAGAUCCAAUUGGCCCUUUCUCUCCAUUCCCAAACCAAUGAUUUGCUCUUCCCUCACUUCUUCUCAUUCUGGUGGUGGUGGUGGUGUUGAUGACGACGGAGGAAACAACAACAACAACACCACUAAUGGUACUGCUUCUUUCCGCAACUUCAAGCUCAAUCAGUCUACCUUUUUAGCUUCUCUUAUGCCCAAAACGGAAAUUGGCGUCGAUCGUUUCCUCCAUUCUUAUCCACACUAUGAUGGACGUGGUGUUCUCAUCGCUAUUUUCGAUUCUGGUGUAGACCCAGCUGCUGCCGGAUUACAGGUUACCUCAGAUGGGAAACCAAAAAUUCUUGAUAUCCUUGAUUGCACUGGGAGUGGAGAUAUUGAUACGUCGAAAGUGGUGAAGGCUGAUGCUGAUGGUUGUAUUUCUGGGGCAUCAGGUGCUUCUUUGGCUAUCAAUACUUCAUGGAAGAACCCUUCUGGUGAAUGGCAUGUGGGUUAUAAAUUGGUUUACGAGCUUUUUACAGAAACGUUGACCUCUCGUUUGAAGAAAGAAAGAAAGAAAAAGUGGGAUGAGAUAAACCAGGAGGAAAUUGCCAAGACUCUAAAACAACUUAAUGAUUUUGAUCAGCAACACCGCAAGGUGGAUGAUGCUAAACUCAAAAAGGCUCGUGAAGAUCUCCAGAAUAGAGUUGAUUUUCUUAAAAAGCAAUCUGAGGGCUAUAAUGAUAAAGGGCCUGCCAUAGAUGCUGUUGUCUGGUAUGAUGGAGAGGUUUGGAGGGUUGCUCUUGAUACACAGAGUCUUGAGGAUGAUUCAGAUAGUGGGAAGCUUGCUAACUUUGUACCCUUAACUAAUUAUAGGACUGAGAGGAAAUAUGGUGUCUUCAGCAAAUUAGAUGCUUGUACAUUUGUAGUGAAUGUCUAUAACGAUGGGAAUGUCUUAAGUAUUGUAACAGACUGCUCUCCUCAUGGCACCCACGUUGCUGGUAUAGCUACUGCAUUCCACCCAGAGGAGCCUUUGUUGAAUGGAGUUGCGCCUGGAGCACAAUUAAUAUCUUGUAAAAUUGGAGACUCUCGCUUAGGUUCAUUGGAAACUGGAACUGGUUUGACUCGGGCACUGAUAGCUUCUGUAGAGCAUAAAUGUGACCUUAUCAACAUGAGUUAUGGGGAGCCAACAUUGUUGCCAGACUAUGGACGCUUUGUUGAACUUAUGAAUGAAGUGGUAAACAAGCACCGUCUGAUAUUUGUAAGCAGUGCUGGUAAUAGUGGGCCAGCGCUAAGCACUGUUGGUGCACCUGGUGGUACCUCUUCAAGUAUCAUAGGAGUCGGCGCUUAUGUUUCUCCUGCUAUGGCAGCUGGUGCUCAUUGUGUUGUUGAACCUCCAUCUGAAGGGCUUGAAUACACAUGGUCUAGCCGAGGACCAACGACUGACGGAGAUCUUGGUGUCUCUGUAAGUGCUCCUGGUGGUGCUAUCGCUCCUGUUCCUACAUGGACCCUUCAACGGCGCAUGCUCAUGAACGGCACAUCAAUGUCAUCUCCAUCAGCCUGUGGGGGAAUUGCGUUGCUCUUAAGUGCAAUGAAGGCUGAGGGAAUUCCUGUGAGUCCAUAUAGUGUGAGGAAGGCCCUGGAGAAUACAACUGUUCCAAUUGGCGAUUCACCGGAGGAUAAAUUAUCUACUGGGCAAGGGCUUAUGCAAGUUGACAAGUGUUAUGAAUAUAUACAGAAGUCUCAAAAUAUUCCAUGUGUUUGGUAUCGAAUAAACAUCAAGCAAUCUGGAAAAACAAAUCCUUCAUCACGGGGCAUCUACCUCAGAGAGGCUAAUGCUUGCCGACAAUCAACUGAGUGGACAGUGCAAGUUGAUCCUAAAUUUCAUGAAGAUGCCGACAAGUUUGAAGAUUUAGUUGUAUUUGAGGAGUGUAUUGAGUUACAUUCUUCAGAUAACACAGUUGUGAAAGCUCCUGAGUAUCUACUGCUCACUCAUAACGGUCGUACAUUCAACAUAUUAGUGGAUCCUUCCAAUUUAAGUGAUGGUCUGCAUUAUUAUGAGGUCUACGGUAUUGACUGCAAAGCACCUUGGCGUGGUCCUCUUUUCAGAAUUCCAAUUACUAUAACCAAGCCUGUGGCUGUAAUUAAUAGAACUCCACAAGUUUCGUUUUCAGAGAUGUUAUUCAAGCCAGGCCAUAUAGAAAGGAAAUAUAUAGAAGUGCCACAUGGUGCAUCUUGGGUUGAAGCAACCAUGAACAUAUCAUGUUUUGAUACACCUCGAAGAUUUUUUGUGGAUACAGUUCAGAUAUGUCCAUUACAAAGCCCUUUGAAGUGGAGGAGUGUUGUAACUUUUUCUUCUCCUGCUGCUAAAAAUUUCACCUUUAGGGUAGUAGGUGGUCAGACAUUGGAACUAGUCAUAGCUCAGUUUUGGUCAAGUGGAAUAGGGAGUCAUGAGACUACCAAUGUGGAUCUUAAGAUUGUAUUUCAUGGUAUAAAAGCUAGUCAAGAGGAAAUUGUACUUGAUGGGAGUGAAGCACCUGUCAGACUUGAUGCUGAAGCACUACUAGCAUCUGAGAAACUUACACCUGUAGCAAAUCUAAAAAAGGUUAUUUUGUACAAUUUAGUUUCUUUUUGUUCCAAUUCCUAUAUGCUUGUGAUGCGGGACAGUAAUGAGGUUGACCUAGUCUCCCAACUUAUGUCAAACUUGCAGAUAAGAGUCCCAUAUCGACCUGUAGAUGCUAAGAUUAGUGCACUUUCAAAUGAUCGUGACAGACUCCCCUCUGGAAAGCAGAUGCUAGCACUGACAUUAACAUACAAGGUCAAAUUGGAUGAUGGAGCUGAAAUAAGACCUCGAAUACCAUUUCUAAAUGGUCGGAUAUAUGAUACUAAAUUUGAGUCUCAGUUUUAUAUGAUUUCCGAUUCAAAUAAGCGAAUUUAUUCAAGUGGAGACGCCUACCCAAGCUCUACAAAACUCCCCAAAGGAGAAUACAAUUUACAGCUAUAUAUAAGGCAUGAAAACUUGCAGAUUUUGGAAAAGAUGAAGCAUCUGGUGUUAUUCAUUGAGCGAAAUUUAGAAGAGAAGGACAUCAUUCGGUUAAGCUUUUUCUCUCAGCCAGAUGGCCCACUAAUGGGAAAUGGUUCCUUUAAGUCAUCAACAUUAAUUCCAGGUAUAAAAGAAGGAUUUUAUCUUGGUCCGCCAGCAAAAGACAAGCUUCCCAAGAACUCUCUACAAGGAUCUGUAUUGGUCGGAUCAAUAUCAUAUGGACAGCUAUCAUUUUCCCGACAAGGGGAUCAUAAAAAUCCUCAGAAGCACCCUGCAUCAUAUCGGAUUUCUUAUAUAGUUCCCCCAAAUAAGAUUGACGAAGACAAGGGAAAAAAUUCUUCUUUAUCGUCCAAGAAGACUGUUUCUGAACGUUUAGAAGAAGAGGUGCGAGAUGCAAAAAUAAAAUUGCUUGGAGGCAUAAAACAAGAAAGUGAUGAAGAUGUCUUAGAAUGGAACAAGUUGGCUGCCUUGCUCAAGUUGGAAUAUCCAAAGUACACUUUGUUGCUUGCAAAGAUUUUGGAAGGCUUGGUUUCUAGGAGUAAUAUCAAAGACAAAUUUCAUCAUAAUGAAGAGAUAAUUAAUGCAGCAAAUGAGGUGAUCGACAGUAUUGAUAGAGAAGAGUUGGCAAAAAUUUUGGCACUGAAAAUUGAUCAGGACGACGAGGAAGCAGAGAAAACCAAGAAAAAGAUGGAAUCGACCCGGGACCAGUUAGCAGAGGCACUUUACCAGAAGGGGCUUGCACUAGCAGAAAUUGAGUCUUUAAAGGAGGUAGAUAACUCCCCAGCUUCGGUUGCAACAGAAGGUGCAGAACCCGACGAGCAAUCAAAGGAUGAUGUUAUUCAUCCAGAUUUGUUUGACGAGAACUUUAAAGAACUGAAGAAAUGGGUUGAUGUUAAGUGCACAAAGUAUGGGAUCCUGUUGGUGAAACACGAGAGGCGUAGUCAAAGGCUUGGAAUAGCAUUGAAGGUACUAACUGACAUAAUUCAAAACGAUACUGAGCCUGCCAAGAAGAAACUGUACGAACUAAAACUCUCAUUGCUUGAAGAAGUCGGAUGGACUCAUUUAGCUACCUACGAGAGACAGUGGAUGAUCGUGCGUUUUCCGCCUAGCUUGCCCCUUUUCUAGGGUCUUCCAUCUGCGAAACAAUUUGUUGUGAAAUUGCAUUCCUUGGCAGUUGCAUCAGCCUAAGUUUUAAGACUUCUUAGGUAUCCAAUCAUUUUUUUGUUGGAGAUUCCAUUAUAUAUGCAUCAAGGGAUUGCCAUCCCCUUUUGACAUUGAUGUAAUACUCACAGAAUUAACUUGGAUUUAAUAUUUCUUUUUCUCAUAAUAGUUCUUGAUAUUCAAUAUUUUAAUAUCUCAUUGAAAAACAUAUGUUCAAUGAGAUAUUAAACAAUUAAGGUAUCAUAGAAAAAUGAUAUGUAAAGAUCUACCAAAGCCAUUGAAUGCAUAUUAGAAAAAAAUUGUGGAUUUUA